AUGCCGCAUUCGGUCCAUGCACGAUCUGGUUCAACCACACCGCUCUCAUCCCAGCAAGGCAGUCUGCCAUUAAACCUAAGGUAUUGGAACGUCAAUAUACCAAAGACAAGAUGGACUGAAGAAUGUCCUGACUUCCUGCUUGGCCUGAGUGAGAAGAACAUCGAGAUCUUGUCCGCAAAGGAUGAAGAUUACCAUUGCCUGACAUGGGCUGAGUCAAAGAAAAUAGUCGAUACGAACCAUCCUGAUCAUUUUCAACGCUCGCCGAUUGAGCUUCGCCGGUACCUGGAAUUUAUGUACAAGUUGAAACAAAAUUACGGCUCCGUCCUGAGCUUCGUACAGAAUGAACGUCUGAGAUGGGACUCAAUAUCGCCUUCCGGACAACCACCUUUCGUUAACCCAGCUGACUUUAAGGUGCUUUACAAUGAUUGGCCUUAUGGUAUCGAUCCGGAUAUUACUCAUCUGGUUGUGUGGACAAAAUUUCUGUUGGAAGACGACCCGGAGACUGGCUUUCUGACUGAUGAGUACCAUGACCUGAUAGAGAGCUUCGUUAAGCGAACUUUCUGUGGACCGGGUGCUGUCGAACGUGACCAGCUGAUUUGGUUUAAGAACUGGAAGUCAUUGAAGAGUGUCCAUGCGCUUGAACACUUCCAUGUCAUGCUCCAUAAAGCACCAGGAGAUUUUCUUACCAAGGUCACUAACGGUGAUAAACCGUUGUCCCAAACUCUUAAUCCUGUUUAA